AUGACGAUUCCCGAAGAUAUCCUCGCCGCAAAUGCGACGGGUAGGAUCCCCGAUGGCAUCUCUCUUUCGUAUCUCGCAGAAUCGCGGGAUCACUCUGCUAUUGUGGGCAUUUUGUUCAUGGUCUGUUUCGCGGGCUUGCUCGUGCUUGUCCGCUUGUAUGCACGAUUGUUCUUGGUGAAGAAACUUGGUCUGGACGAUGCAUUGGCUGUUCUCACUAUGAUUGUCUACAUCGUUUUCGUCGUUCUCUCAGUCGUCCUGAUCAACCUAGGCAGUGGUCGCCAUAUCGAAUAUAUCCAAUAUGUUCUUUCCAUGCCCACCGUCCGCGAAACUGAAGUUCUCGACUUCGUCGCCCACAUUCUCUAUACAACGGCUCUUUUCCUUUGUCGACUCUCCGGACUUGCAUUCUACUUCCGCAUUAGCGCACGCUCCAGCAAGCUACGACUGGGUAUCAUGAUCGUGGCUGGUAUCAUUACCGCCGCCUAUUUGCCCCAGAUCUUCCUUUUGAUCUUCCACUGCAAGCCCGUGACCGGUCUCUGGCCUUACGAAUGGCAAACUGAGCCCAUCACUUACAAGUGUCUCUCCUGGGGAUUGGUCUACUCUGUCAACUCGGGCGUCUCUCUCGCCUGUGAUGUGAUGAUGUUUGUCAUUCCCGGUAUCCUGAUUAAGGAGCUGCACGUCUCUUUGAAAAAGAAGAUUAAGCUCUCCAUUGUCAUGUUCCCUGGUGUCUUUGUAAUCGUCAUCUCCGCCAUCCGUGUAUGGCUCGUCGUCGUCGGACAAUGGGCCUCCGACGGUAGCUGGGCCUACAACCCCAUGCUCUGCGUCGAAAACGCCGAAAUCUCAAGUACCCUGAUCGCCCUCUCCGUCCCCGCCCUGAAGCCCGUCUUCGGAAACAUCUUCAGCCACUUGACCGAGUACACCUCCAGCCACACGCGCUCCCGAUCCGCCGGUGGUCGGUUGCGAAGCCAAUCGAAGCCUGUGAGUGGUUUGGGAUCGUCCACUCGGGAUGACAAGAGGCUUCUGAAUUGGUCUAAGCGUGGCCAUGAUGAUUAUGAGAUGAUGCCCUCUGAGGUGUCUAUUGCUCGUGAUGCACACAAUCGAGACUCCACGGCUAAGACACCGGGCAUUCGUGUCACGAAUGAAGUGAAUAUUACGAGGAUGGAGGGCGAUAGGUCGCCUUCGCAGGCUUCUACGAGGGCGUCUGCUUCUUCUGAGCGAGCGAGAUAG